ACAGUUGUGUAAUUCUCUGGCAAAACAAGUAUUCCUUGGGAGACAGUUAUUUUCUGUGGUACUUUCUUGCUUCAAGUGUCGGUGUGUUUGGUGUGGAAGUGAAGAUGGCUAAGCCGAGCCUACUUCCCGUCAGAAUUUGAAAACUGUUUCUCACUACAAACUAUGUGCUACAUCUGUGAGAUCUUCCUGUCUGGGCUACCUAAAAUGACUCUGUGAAUUCAGUGGAAUAAAUGGCGUCCAAAGUAACUGAUGCUAUAGUUUGGUACCAGAAGAAGAUUGGAGCAUAUGAUCAACAAAUAUGGGAAAAGUCAGUAGAGCAAAGAGAAAUAAAGUUUAUUAGACUGGGUUUGAGAAACAAACCAAAGAAAACAGGGCAUGUGAAACCAGACCUAAUAGAUGUUGAUCUUGUAAGAGGAUCUGCUUUUGCUAAAGCAAAACCUGAAAGUCCUUGGACAUCUUUGACCCGCAAAGGAAUCGUGAGAGUUGUUUUCUUUCCGUUCUUCUUCAGGUGGUGGCUACAAGUGACAUCACGGGUCAUUUUUUUCUGGCUGCUUGUUCUUUACCUUCUCCAAGUUGCUGCUGUAGUGCUAUUCUAUACAGCCCAAAGCCCACAUAAUAUACCUCUGACUGAAGUCAUUGGGCCGAUAUGGCUAAUGUUGCUACUUGGGACUGUGCACUGUCAGAUUGUUUCAACACGAACUCCUAAGCCACCUCCUAGCACAGGGGGUAAAAGAAGAAGGAAAUUAAGGAAAGCAGCACAUUUGGAAGUACAUAGGGAAGGAGAUGGCUCUAGUACCACAGAUAACACACAGGAGGGAACAGUGCAGAGCUACGGUACAAGCACCUCUUGCAGUAUUGGCGCUGUCUUCAGAGAUAUCUGGCAUGCUGCUUUCUUUUUAUCAGGGUCUAAGAAAGCAAAAAACUCAAUAGAUAAAUCCACAGAGACUGAUAAUGGCUACGUGUCCCUUGAUGGGAAAAAGACAGGUAAAGGCAAUGAAGAAUGUGUGCAGGCCCACGAGCGUCGCUGUGAAGUGAUCAGGCCAGAAGAGACAGGGUGGAGCACUUCGACAGCGAGAGAGGUCUUCGGCAAUCACAGUCAUCACAAAGAUACUCACAGGAUUGUGACAAACUUAUCAGAUGAAGUUUCCAGUGAGGAAGGGCCUGAAACUGGAUAUUCUUUACGUCGCAAUGUGGAACGCACUUCUAGUGAUUGUACGCUUCGAAACAGGAAAUCUCACCAUUACAAGAAACAUUAUCCUCUGGAGGAUACACCUAAAUCUGGUACAAGCUGCAGUUCUCGGUGUUCAAGCUCCAGGCAGGAUUCUGAGAGUGCGAGGCCGGAGUCGGAAACCGAAGAUGUGCUGUGGGAGGACCUGUUGCACUGUGCAGAGUGUCACUCCUCCUGUACCAGUGAGACAGAUGUGGAAAGCCCUCAAGUGAAUCCAUGUGUGAAGAAAGAAUACAGAGAUGACCCCUUUCAUCAGAGUCAUUUACCUUGGAUCCACACUUUGAAUCCAGGGCUAGAAAAAAUAAGUGCAAUUGUAUGGGAGGGUAAUGACUGCAAGAAAGCAGAUAUGUCUGUACUUGAAAUCAGUGGUAUGAUAAUGAACAGGGUGAACAGCUAUAUACCAGGAAUUGGUUAUCAGAUUUUUGGAAAUGUCAUAUCUUUAAUCUUGGGAUUAACGCCCUUUGUCUUUCGACUUUCCCAAGCUAAAGACUUAGAACAACUAGCUACACAUUCUGCUGCUGAACUCUGCAUGACUGCAUUUGGAUCAGAUGGAGACAUUCUGGUUCUCUCAAUGGUUAUUAUAAGUUUCGUGGUCCGUGUGUCUCUAGUGUGGAUUUUCUUUUUCUUGCUAUGUGUAGCAGAGAGGACGUAUAAACAGAGGCUACUCUUUGCCAAACUUUUUGGUCAUCUAACAUCUGCCAGAAGGGCAAGAAAAUCGGAGGUUCCUCACUUCCGUUUGAAGAAAGUACAGAAUAUAAAAAUGUGGCUUUCUCUCAGGUCCUAUCUAAAGCGUCGAGGUCCUCAGCGCUCUGUGGAUGUAAUAGUUUCAUCUGCCUUCUUACUGACUAUCUCAGUUGUGUUUAUCUGUUGUGCACAGCUGCUUCACAUGCAUGAGAUCUUCCUUGAUUGUCACUACAACUGGGAACUCGUAAUUUGGUGCAUUUCACUAACUCUUUUUCUCUUAAGAUUUGUUACUCUUGGAUCUGAAACUAGUAAAAAGUACAGCAAUACCUCAAUAUUACUUACAGAGCAGAUAAACUUGUACUUGAAAAUGGAGAAAAAGCCUAAUAAGAAGGAGGAACUGACACUAGUAAACAAUGUUUUAAAACUUGCUACUAAGUUACUGAAGGAACUGGACAGUCCCUUUAGGUUAUAUGGGCUUACAAUGAAUCCACUGCUUUAUAACAUCACCCAAGUUGUCAUCCUGUCAGCUGUUUCUGGAGUCAUCAGUGACUUGCUUGGAUUUAAUCUAAAGCUCUGGAAGAUCAAAUCUUGACAGUAUAGAAAGAAGAUGAAAUAACACAGUGUUAUAGAAAAACUCAUUGAUGGACAAAACUGCCUCAAAGCAGCCACUGAAUCCGUAUUUCAGAUGCUACAACCUCUUCAAGGAUGUCAUUUGGAAAACUGAAGUGUUUACAUCUGUCUUGUGCAAUCUUUAUAUUUAUUUCAUCUUCCUGGUUUAUGUUCAUUUUAGUUGACAUUUGUAUUUUAUUUUCAAACUUACUUGUUUAGUUUUGGAAAAGGUCAGAUUUGCGAAGGGUCAAAAACUGUGUGUCUGAGAACUUGAAAUCCUGAAAAUAGAUUACACUAAAUUACUCUGUUAUUACAGCUGAAGCCAAUGCUGGACAUUUUUAAUUACAGUAACACUAUAUGGAAAUCCUUUGAUAGUGUGGUAAAAUUGCUUAGAAUAUUUCAUUUGUAUCAGUCGUUUAUGAGGACAACAUAACAUCAAUAGAUGUUUGGUUGCAAUAGAAAAAUGAGACAUAUACAAAACAUGAAGUACUGACAAUACAGUAUGAUAGGUAGCAGAAAUAUUUUAUAUUACUGUUAGAAACAAGUGGGAAUUUCUAAUAUUUUGAGUAAUUCCAGGAUCUAAACUCAUUUAGGCUGCAGUUUAAAUAUCCUGGGAUAUUAAUAAGGUAUUAUUUAACAAGUCAACAAGUGUUCUUUGAAAACACUUUUAUUAGAGCAAUAAUUGUAAAUGGUUACCAUGCUGUAUGAUAUUUUGAUAAAAAUUAAAUAUUGUAUUUAUUUGAAAUACUGGGCUGUUCUGUGCAGCUCUGACUGUGCAUGUGCACUUUUUAUUGUUACUUUUAAUGAGAAACUUUAUACAUAUAAAUGUAUAUUAAUUGGAAUAUAUUAUGGUGAACUAUGGAGCAGUAUGUAUUAUAUGUUGAAGUUGAGUAUUUAAGCAAGAAUUAUUUACUGGUGAAAGGAAUGCUAUGAAUGACUUAGCAAAAGAUAGAUAGAUGCUCUGCUCUUGUACACUAUAGUAUAUGCCAUUCUUACCACAUUGAAGUUUAAGAACAGCUAAACACAGAGAACAAGUUUCUCUGGUGAGCAGCAGAGCUCAUGAAGCCUGGUAUUGGGCAAAUUUGUGUCUUCAAAUAACCACCCCAGCAGGUGUCAUUCCCUAGUGCUUUCCACUGGGGUUUCACAGCCGUGGGUGUCACACCUCUCCCUCUGCCUUCUGUUCCUGCCUCCCACAUGGACCAGUCAUAUAGACUCCUGGUUCUUCAGUGUGACAAAAAUAUGUGUUCAUCCCUGUAGAGUUAAGUUACUUGGAACAAACUUUCCUUCUACAAAGUAACUUUGAACAAAUUUUCCUUCUACAAAUUCUUUUGGGAGGAUUAAUAUCACCAUGUGCGAGUAUUCUUACAUUUUAUGUUUUUAAAAUAGUGGCUUCAUAUUGAAAAAUUAUAAGUAAUUUUGUGACAAGAAUCUGAACGUUGCACUGUGUUUGCUAAUCUUCAGAAUCUUGAAAGAUUUGAAGUAAUGGGUCUUAAACUUAUGUGGUAUAAAAAUAUUUUUAUAUAUAAAGCAACACAAACAAGCAUUUUGUAUUUUAUUUGCCUCUGUACUAAUGUUUAAUAAUGACCAAAGUGCAUUCUGGAUUUUGGAAGAAUGUAUUACUGGAGCUUUAAGAACAUACUAUAUUUAGUUUCUCAUGUGAAAACUUCAGCUGUAUCUGAUCUGUUUCUCCUUUCUCUGUUGUUUGAUGUUGAGAUUGUUUUUAAAAAUUAAGUACAUUUUAUACACAGUUUUUUCCAAAUUAUGGUACAGACCUACACAGAACUUAAUUUUGCACAAAAUAUAUUUAAAAAAAAAAAAAAAGGACAGCAGGAGUUCUAUGGGUGAUCAAAGCUAAGGCUGUUGCUUUUUACAGCCUGUCAUUAUUACAAAACCAUUCUUUAAUCUAGAGUGGAAUUAUUUUUAGAAAUGUGAAAUAGUGAAUAUAUGGCUUUCAUUACUUUUAAAAAUAAAGGAGGGAGAGAAAACACUGCAGUUUUGGUUGAAGGUGAAAUUAGUUUAACCAUGUAUACCUCAGCAACUAGCACUGUGCUGGAUUGUUGCACUAACAAAUGGCGGCUUGGGGAAAGUAAAAGAUUUUUGAAAUGAAAUUAAAAAUAAUAAAAACCUUUAUUUGCUACCCUUAGGUAUAUUCAUUAUGUUAAAAAAUGAGAGAGAUUUAUUCUCCAUCCCUCAAUGUGGAAAGUCCAGUAUAAGAGUAGAGGCAAGUAGAAAUAUGGCAGAUCUUGCGUGUUAACUGUUAUUUUUUGCCACAUGUUUUGUAACUGAAAGUGUGAUCAGGCUUGGAAUAAAGCUUUCUAUGGUUGAUGGUAAAAAAGAAAAGAA